AUGAAGGCACACUUCAUUGAGCGACGCGCUAGUGUCACCAUCAUCUUUAUAUGGGUGUUGUCCAUCAUCGUGGCGUCUCCUCUUAUAUACUACAGACGCUUCCAUGAGGAGCAUUGGCAAAACCUGGUAGAAAGUUGGUGUGAUGAUGAUUGGCCUGUUGACGUCUGGCAUGACCCGGUGACGGGUCAGGUAGUGUCCAGCACGCCAGCACGCAGGUUCUACUACCUGUUUGUGUGUGUGGCCCUGUUUUUUCUACCGUGCCUGGUCAUGUCUGUGGCCUACCUGGUGAUUAUAGUGACCCUCUGGUCAGCCCAGGUUCCGGGAGAGAGGAUCAGUAAGGAUAUCACAUCCCAGACGAAGAUCCGGAAAAAG